UACAAUGAGGGUUAUAUUCUGGAGUAUUGCAGGCGCGUUCCUGUUCAACUUCAUUUUCGGUCAACGACAUCGAAGACCAGUUUUCACAUGUGGCGGGAACUUUACUGGAAACACAGGAUUGAUUGGGAGUCAGGGGUAUCCCGGUGUCUACCCAUCCAACAGCAAAUGUGUGUGGAGAAUUACAGUUCCUCAGGGGCGAGUGGUCUCCCUCUUGUUCCGAGUCCUGGAUCUUGAGAAUGAUGGUCUUUGCAGAUAUGACUUUGUUGACAUAUACGAUGGCCACAUCAAUGGGCAGCGUCUCGGCCGCUUCUGCGGUACCACCAGACCCGGAGCUCUGGUCACCAAUGGAAACAAGAUGCAAGUGGUCAUGGUGUCAGAUGCCAACACAGCUGGGAGUGGUUUCCUUGCUAUGUACUCUGCAAAUCGCCCAAAUGAAAGAGGGGACCGGUAUUGUGGGGGUCUUUUGGACAAACCCUCUGGGACGAUCAAGACCCCUAACUGGCCAGAUAGGGACUACCCUGCAGGUGUAACAUGUUCCUGGCAUAUUGUUGCCCCUCCAGACCAGAUCAUUGAGCUGAAGUUUGAGAAGUUUGAUGUGGAAAGGGACAGUUACUGCCGCUAUGACCAUGUGGCAGUGUUUAAUGGGGGAGAAAUGAAUGAGUCACGGAAGAUCGGCAAGUUCUGUGGAGACAGCCCACCCGUGCCAGUAUAUUCUGAUGGCAGUCACCUACUGGUCAUGUUUCUGUCUGAUCUGAGUCUAACUGCAGAUGGAUUCAUCGGCCAUUACCGGUUUAAAUCCAAGAGCCUGACAACAGGGAGUGCCCCUCUCACCCCCAUCAGCACCAUCCCACCCACCACACAGCCUGUAGCGCUUACAUAUUCAGAUGAUCUUUGCAAGCAGAAAUGCAAAAGAACUGGAACAAUUGAAAGUCAUUACUGCUCCAGCAACUUUGUGUUUACCGCCACUCUUAUCUCAGCGGCCAUGAGGGACCAGAGCAUCCUUGCUACCUUCUCUAUCAUGCAUCUUUAUAAGGAAGGAAGUUUAGCCAUCCAACAGGCCGGAAAAACCAUGAGCACCAAAGUCCUGGUCCUCUGUAAAAAAUGUCCUCUGGUCAGAAGAGGGCUGAACUACAUUGUCACGGGACAGACAGAUGAACAGGGACAAGGUAUCGUUUCCCCCCUUAACUUUGUGAUGGCCUUCAAAACCAAGAAGAAAAGGGACCUGGGACUGUUGAAAAAUAUACACUGCUAAUAUGCACAAGGCAUCUCUAGUAUUAACUUCCUUUGUGUCUGGAUACGCCAAAAUAUAUUUCCAUCUGCAUUUUGACAUCGAUCAAAUAACAGUGAUUUAUGGUUGUUUUGAGAAAAUAUUUGUCACUGGGGGGUUACUUUCUUUAGAACUUUGUUUUCACAUAAUACUUAGAUUUAGAUGCUUGAUGUGAUCCAUUUCCUUAAUUGUUUAUAAGCACAAAGAGGAUACAUACAGUAAAUAUAAUUUUACCUGAUUACCUAGUUUUAGCCAGUGUGACACAUUUUAUAAAAAAUAAAAAAAACAAAACAAAUGUGGACUCUUAAUAUCUCAAUUGCUUCUCCUGCCUGGUUUCAUCACAAGUUGUAAUAAUAGUAUGAGAUGGCAAAGUCGUAAGAAAUCGUACAAGUUGGCUUGUACAAAAACAUACAACUUUUUCUCCUAUAUAGAAAAAUAAAUGAAUGAACGAUGUUAUUACGAUUUGUCCCCCUAAAGUUUAACCCCAAACCUAAAUCUAAGCUUAAUUUUAAUAGGUAAAUCACUGUUGUGUACCACGAAAGAAAGAGAAGUAUCAGGGUUUGGAGACAAGUGAAGUGAUGUUUCUCUAGAUGUUUCUUCUUCUGUUUGUGCACUGUUAA